UCCAUGGAACUGCUAUUGCAGCACCUGGAGCGCUUUUCCGAGGUUCUGGCGGUCUCGCGCACUACCCACGUCAGCACCUGGGACCCUGUCACAGUGCGCAGGGCCCUGCAGUGGGGUCGCUACCUGCGCCACGUCUACCUGCGCUUUGCUCGCCACGGCCGCGUCCGCACGGCUCUGCAGCGGCGGCUUUGCGACCAAUGGAAGCAGGAGGGUGGCUUUGGGCCCGGUCCAGGCCCGGGGUUGACAAACUUUCAGGCCCUCGAACACUGUGACAUCCUGCUGUCUCUGCGCCUGCUGGAGAACCGAGACCUCGGAGACGCCGCUAGCCACCACCUGCUGCAGCAGCUACUUCCGGGCUCGGGUGUCCCGGACGCCCAGGACGAGACGCUCCAAGACCGUCUGGCCUGCCUCGCCCGCCGCCGGUCAGCGGUGCACAUGCUGCGCUUCUAUUGCUAUAAAGAGAACCCGAAUCUUCCCGAGGACGCGCUGAUGAAGACCCAGGCGGAGCUGCUGCUGGAGCGGCUGCAGGAGGUGGGGUUGGCCGAAGCGGAGGGGCCCAACAAGUUUCUCAACAGCUUGUGGGAGCGCUUGCCCCAGAACAACUUCCUGAAGGUGAUAGCGGCGGCGCUGUGCUUGCAGCCCCCUGGGCCUCCGCGGCCCGGAGAAGAGGAGUGGGACCAGGGCAGCCCCAGAACUCCUGGAGAGGGGAGUCAAGAGCUAGUCCGUUGGCUUCUGGGGAAAUCGGAAAUAAUGGCUGUCUUUUGCCGUCACCUCCCAGCUGGCGUCUUAACUUUGGUGGCAAGCCGUCACCCAGCGCUCUCUCGUGUCUAUCUGGGUCUGCUCACAGACUGGGGUCAACAUCUGCACUAUGACCUUCAAAAAGGCGUUUGGGUUGGAGGUGAAUCCCAAGAUGCGUCCUGGGAGGAGCUGUAUGAUAGGUUUCAAAGCCUCUGUCAGGCCCCUCCACCUCUGAAAGAUGAAGUUCUAACUGUUCUAAAAUCUUGCAAGGCUCAGGAUGGAGAUUUCGAAGUCGCUGGUCUUAGUAUCUGGACAGACCUGUUGUUAGCCCUACAGAGUGGUGCGUGAUGCUACAUUUAGGAAAAGACAAGUUUUAGGUCUGAGUCCAGGCCCCAGAUCUCAGUGGGCAGCGCUCUUAUUAAUUACCUGAAUAGUUUACAAAACGAAAAUUUUGUAUUUCUCUCCAAGUCUUGUGUGCCUUCAUGUGUCCCAAGUAUUAUUGUUUUAGGUGCUAAUUUUGAGUGAUUUGUUAUACAAUAACAAAUACGCAAAGUAAUUGGUUUGUAGUCCCAUGGAUUUUCUGGGCAGAGGAGGUGACAUAUUGGAAGUACUAUUGUAAAGCCGUGAAAUUAGCAUUAGUUUGCUUUUGAAAGGCCUCUUUCUGAGUAUGAUGAAAACAUCUGCUUUUCAAAGAAAAGAUACCCUUUUUCUAUCAGUAUGAUUUAUUUUUUAAGUCCCUCCCCCCACAAUAAGUGAAGAGUUUUCUUGGCCCAACAGUAUGUGAUAGUAUCAGAAAUGUUAGUUUAUAAAGGUAACUGAUCUAAUUGGAGUUUAAACUCUGGACUUUGGCCUUGUUAACCUACUAUUGCCACCAGUUAACCAGCCUCAUCAUGCAUUAUAAUUGUGUUAUUCUGAAAGUUUGUUCCUCAUUUCUACAGAUUUUUAUUGUAUCAAAGUAAAAGACUACAUAAUUUUAACUCACAAAAUAUUUAAAAUAUGACAAAUUCAGGUAUACCAUGUCUGUCCUUGAAUAUCAAUUUAGCAUUUGAUGGUAAAAAGAUCAAGUUUCUGAAUUAGAAGAUCCAGGUUUUAGUGUUCCUUCUGUCCUUAACUAGGUUAAUAAAUCACCAGUCACUUAGAGUUACAUUUGCCUUAUGUUAAGUGUUUAAACUAAAAUACUUAAAUUUACUUAUUUUUCCCUUGAUGGCUGCCCUGUGGAGACAAUUUACAGUAUUUGUGUGUAACAACCUAACUUUGUUAGUUUAUCCAUUUGCUCCACAACUGGUAAAGUGAUUCUCAGUAACCAAACUUCAGAGUGAAUUAUUCAUUUUUAUUAGGGAGAUAAAACUUCUCAGUGAUAAAGAUGUUUUUGUUUACAUUCAGGUUAGCUGAUAGCAAGAUUUUUAUGGAAGACAUAUUUUUGAUUAUCAAAAAGUUCAUUUCUAAUUCCAGAAUGGAAUUCGAGCAAAAAUUUGUGUAAUCUUGUAUAAUCUUUCAUUCUGUAGUAGAACUUGGAGGUAAAUUAUUAUUACACCUAUAAAUACACUUUUCUAGAUAAUCUUGAGUGAACACUGUAAAACUCAUUUCUGUGGCCUGAUUCUUUUUUCUAGUUUUAAUCCAUGUAAACCAUCUUUUUGAUUCCAUUUGUUAUAAAUAUAAGAAUAAAGUCAAUUCCUUCUGUCAGUUACAUGAAAGUCCCUUUCUAAGAAACAGUCUAAUGAAGAAUUCUACCGUGGCAAGUCUUAAUGUUAGUUGUAGUUUUGGAAAAUAACAGUUUGUGAACUCUUUCUCUAUAUUACAUCUCACACUAUGAUUUAAAAAAUAAUCAUAUAUAGACUUAACAUUUUAAAAUCUGUUUUUAUACUUAACCAUUUAUUAAGCUCAUAUUUAAGGUCCAUGAUACAUGUGUUACAUACAUAAUCUUCAUAACUGAUAUACUAUUCUUAUGAAGAUAAAAGAUUAAGUAAAAUGCCCAGAGGUACACAGAAAAGCAACAUGAGAGUAAAGUAAAGGCUUUAUUAUUAUUUUACAACUGAAUGAAGUGUCUGCAAUGUCAUAGGUUCUAAUGUUUGAAUAAAUGAAACUAUUAAUAGCAUUAGAAUCUUACCCUGUAUGCUUUCUCUUAUUUUGCACACUGCUAAGGACUUGAAAAGAUGCUAUUGAACAUGGUAAUCUUACCUCUCCAGGAAUCUAUAUAUAGGAUGGGAGAGAGGGACUAUGUAGGAAAAUACUUGAUGAAAUCUAGAAAUGUUUAUUUUGUGGGGAUUUUUUUCCCCUGUCAUAAUGAAAUGAGGGUUCAGUAUUGAAGUCUCCCACUAUGAUUUUCAGCAAAUUAUCAAUUAUUAUUUUAUGCAAUUUGAGCAAUUUUAUAGCACACAAAGAAAUAGAGAAUUAUUAUACCAUCUUAAUUGAAAUUAUUUAUAGUGAAUUGCUUUUCUGCUUUAAAGUAUUUUUUUCUGUUUUCAUUAUUAAUACUGUUGACUUUUUGUCUGCUAUCGUAAUUUGUGCUUUCUAUUUGUCUUGAUUUCUCAGUGUUUCUCUUCUCCGACUUCCUCUAUUUCUCCUUCUCCUAGUUGGGAUGCUAAGUUCCAUGCCUAAUCUUUUACUGUCAAAACUUUUAUCAUAUUUAACUUAAAGUGUGUCUAAAAAUUAGUAUCUUGAUCUCCUUUUCUAAUGAUACAAUGGACCUUACUUAGGAAACUAACUCUGAUCUCUUAUCUACAAAAUCACAAGUUGUUAUCCAGUUUUAUAGUUUUGCUCUUUGAAGAAAAAAAAAUCCACAAAU